CCCGCCCCGCUCCACCAGGCCGGACCUGGCGGGCGCCCGGAGCCAGGAGCUGCCUUGAGAGCCCGCGGAUCCGCGGCAAGGAGGUUCCCGCACUGGAGCAAGAGCGGGGCAGGAGCUGGAGCGGCGGCGCAGGUGGCACUGGGAUGGCCUGAAAGAUUAUGGAGCGAAGGAACAGGGAACCACGUGAUGAAUGAGGCUGACUUGUGGGUAUGUGAGUCUGAAGGUGGGAAAGGUCGUGUUCCCCUGGAGGCCCCCGGCCAGGCCAGAGCUUCUGCCGCCAUGGCCAUUGUGCAGACUCUGCCAGUGCCACUGGAACCCGCUCCUGAGACGGCCACCACCCCACAAGCUCCAGCCAUGGGCAGCGUGAGCAGCCUCAUCUCAGGCCGGCCCUGCCCGGGGGGACCAGUUCCUUCCCGCCACCAUGGCCCCCCUGGGCCCACCUUCUUCCGCCAGCAGGAUGGGCUGCUGCGGGGUGGCUAUGAAGCACAGGAGCCGCUGUGCCCAGCCGUGCCCCCCAGGAAGACUGUUCCUGGCACCACCUUCACCUACAUCAAUGAGGACUUCCGGACAGAGUCACCCUCCAGCCCCAGCAGCGACAUUGAGGAUGUGCGGGAGCAACGAGCACGGAAUGCCCACCUCCGAGGCCCCCCACCGAAACUCAUCCCUGUCUCUGGAAAGCUGGAGAAGAACAUGGAGAAAAUCCUGAUCCGCCCAACAGCCUUCAAGCCAGUGCUGCCCAAACCUCGAGGGGCACCGUCUCUCCCCAGCUUCUUGGGUCCUCGGGCCGCCGGACUGUCUGGGAGCCAGGGCAGCCUAACACAGCUGUUUGGGGGCCCCGCCUCUUCCUCCUCUUCCUCCUCCUCCUCAGCUGCCGACAAACCUUUGGCACUGAGUGGCUGGGCCAGUGGCUGCCCAUCAGGGACGCUGUCCGACUCCGGCCGAAACUCACUGUCCAGCCUGCCCACUUACAGCACUGGGGGUGCUGAGCCGGCCACCAACUCCCCAGGUGGGCACCUGCCCUCCCAUGGCCCCGGGCGGGGGGGACUGCCGGGGCCGGCCCGAGGAGCCCCUACUGGGCCCUCCCACUCGGACAGUGGCCGGUCUUCCUCCAGCAAGAGCACGGGCUCCCUGGGGGGCCGCGUGGCUGGAGGCCUCUUGGGCAGCGGUCCCCGGGCCUCCCCGGACAACAGCUCCUGCGGGGAGCGCUCCCCACCACCACCACCACCCCCUCCGCCCCCUUCGGAUGAGGCCCUGCUGCACUGUGUCCUGGAAGGGAAGCUCCGCGACCGGGAGGCAGAGCUGCAGCAGCUGCGAGACAGUCUGGACGAGAGCGAGGUGACCAUGUGCCAGGUGUACGAGGACCGGCAGCGGCACUGGCAGCGGGAGCGGGAGGCCCUGCGUGAGGAUGGUGCGGCCCAGGCGCAGCGGGCACAGCGGGCCCAGCAGCUGCUACAGCUGCAGGUGUUCCAGCUGCAGCAGGAGAAGCGGCAGCUGCAGGACGACUUUGCGCAGCUGCUGCAGGAACGGGAACAGCUGGAGCGGCGCUGCGCCACCUUUGAGCGGGAGCAGCGGGAGCUCGGGCCCCGGCUCGAGGAGACCAAGUGGGAGGUGUGCCAGAAGUCAGGCGAGAUCUCCCUGCUGAAGCAGCAACUGAAGGAGUCUCAGGCAGAGCUGGUGCAGAAGGGCAGUGAGCUGGUGGCCUUGCGGGUGGCCCUGCGAGAGGCGCGGGCUGCCCUGCGGGUCAGUGAGGGUUGGGCACGGGGUCUCCAGGAGGCGGCCCGAGCACGGGAGCUGGAGCUGGAGGCCUGUUCCCAGGAGCUGCAGCGGCACCGCCAGGAGGCUGAGCGGCUGCGGGAGAAAGCCGGGCAGUUGGACACCGAGGCAGCUGGACUCCGGGAACCUCCUGUGCCACCUGCCACUGCUGACCCGUUCCUCCUGGCAGAGAGUGAUGAGGCCAAGGCACAGCGUGUGGCAGCCGGGGUUGGAGGCAGCCUGCGGGCCCAGGUGGAGCGUCUGCGGGCUGAGCUGCAGCAGGAGCGGCGGCGGGGCGAGGAGCAGAGGGACAGUUUUGAGGGGGAGCGGCUGGCGUGGCAGGCGGAGAAAGAGCAGGUGAUCCGCUACCAGAAGCAGCUGCAGCACAACUAUAUCCAGAUGUACCGGCGGAACCGGCAGCUGGAGCAGGAGCUGCAGCAGCUCAGCCUGGAGCUGGAGGCCCGGGAGCUCGCCGACCUGGGCCUGGCCGAGCCAGCCCCCUGCAUCUGCCUAGAGGAGAUCACUGCCACCGAAAUCUAGGGUCCUUGGUGUCCCAGCUCUACAGGGAGCUCUACAGAAAGGGAACAGUAGCCUCAGGUCCACUGAGGUCCCCAGAGCCUCUUGUCCCCUGGGAUCCGGGACUCUGGGCCUCUAUCAAGAACCCAGGGCUGUCCUAUGACUUGGAUGAGCAAGAUCAGACCCCUCGGAGGUCCCUGUGUUCAUUGUUACCCAGAGGCCCCUACUCACUCCACCUGUUUCACUCCCCACCUGUUGCCAGUGCCACUCCGCCAACCCCAUUCACCGCUCACCAGGUCAACCAGCCAGGGCCUGGGGAGAGGAAGGGGCUAUCCCCCGACUCCAAAGACGGAGAGAGCCAGGCAGCACCAGCGGCUCCAGAUGUGCCUGCCCCCACCCUGUGCAUGUGGGGGAUGGGGCUGGGGCUGGGGUCCGACCCCCAGCUUCCAGCUCUGCAGCCUCCCCCCAGCGGGGAGGGGCUGUAGUCAGACCAAAGGAAGAACUCAGAAAUGUCUUGUUUAAUGUGACCGAAUGGCCCCUCCCCACACCCUGGUUUAUGGCCUCGCUUUUCACUUGUAUAUUUUUUACACUGUAAAUUUGUUGUACAAACCCAAAGAAAAAAUUAAAAAAUUUUGUUUUGUUUUUAAAAAAAAAAA